AUGCAUCCUACACUCUUCCUCUCCGCUGCGCUUGGCCUACUCGUGGCACCCAGUGCAGGCCUCCCCGUUCAACCUGACGAGAAACUCUCUACCUUGGGCCCCAGUGCAGAUUUGCCCAUUCAACCUGACGACAAACUCACUACCGUGAGCCCCAUAGAUGUUGUUGAUAACAUCCCACAUGUGGAAGUACUCAGGAACUACGGUUACUGUGCUCUCCAAUGCACCCCGGAGCUAUUUAUGCUGAUCACGGUCGUCGACUGCAUCAAUGAUUGCAUGGCGGAGAGAGGAUACGCAGAGUAUGGCCCAAUAUGGCCAGAUCAAAUUGAAAUGGAUAUGGAAGGGUCUUGA